CAAAUGUGCAAUACCAAGAUGUCGUCCCUUACGGAUGCCUCUUCUGUCACCACUUCGGAGCAAGAGCUGCUGGUUAAACCAAAGCCACUAUUGCUGAAGUUGUUGAAGUUAGCUGGUGCAGAAAAGGACACUUUUACUAUGAAGGAGGUAAUAUUCUAUCUUGGACAAUAUAUUAUGUCUAAACAAUUAUAUGAUGAAAAACAGCAACAUAUUGUACACUGUGCAAAUGAUCUCCUGGGGGAUUUAUUUGGAGUAACAAGCUUUUCAGUAAAAGAACACAGGAGACUAUAUUCAAUGAUUUCCAGAAAUCUGAUAGCAAUCAAUCAACAAGACUCUAUGCUUGCUGACACACCUGAGGAUGAUGCCAGAUUUCAGCUUGAAGAAGAACAUGUUCUAAAGGAAUCUAUGCAAGAGUUAGAAGAGAAGCAGACUUCAUCAAAUGUGACUUCCCGACCAACUACAUCUUCUAGGAGGAGAACGCACAGUGAAUCUGAAGAAAACGCUUCAGAUGAUCUGCACAGUGACAGAAGAAAACGACACAAGUCGGACAGCAUUUCGUUGACAUUUGAUGAAAGCCUCUCAUGGUGUGUAGUCAGUGGUCUGUGCCGUGAAAGAAGCAAUAGCAGUGAUUCAACAGAUUCUCUCUCCAUUCCUGAUCUUGAUGCCAGUUCAUUAAGCGAAAACUCUGAUUGGUUUGACCACAGUUCCGUUUCAGACCAGUUCAGUGUAGAGUUUGAAGUCGAGUCUAUUUAUUCAGAAGAUUAUAGCCAUAAUGAAGAAGGACAGGAGCUCACAGAUGAAGAUGAUGAGGUAUAUCAGCUGACUAUUUACCAGGAUGAAGAUAGUGAUGCUGAUUCAUUUGAUGAAGAUCCAGAGAUUUCUCUAGCUGAUUAUUGGAAGUGUCCCGAAUGUAGCGAAAUGAAUCCUCCGCUGCCACGACAUUGCCACAGAUGCUGGGCCCUUCGUGAGGACUGGCUUCCAGAUGAAAAGAGCGAUAAAUUGGUAAAGAGCAAAUUAGAAAGUUCCUUCCCCCUGGAGUCUGAAGAAGGUUUUGAUGUUCCUGAUUGCAAGAAAGUGAAAAUUACAGAAGAUAAAGAACCAGCUGUAGAGGAGAAUGAGGAUAAAGCAGUACAAAUUUCCGAGUCUCAGGAAAGUGAAGAUUAUUCUCAGCCAUCGACGUCGAGCAGCAUGUUUUGUAGCAGUCAGGAGGACUAUAAGGAACCCGAGAAGAGAGAAAUGCCAGACAAAGAGGAAAGCAUGGAAUCCAGUCUGCCUGUUACCAGCAUAGAGCCCUGUGUCAUAUGUCAGAGCAGACCUAAAAAUGGCUGCAUAGUACAUGGCAAAACGGGACACCUCAUGUCAUGUUUUACGUGCGCAAGGAAGCUUAAGAAGAGGAACAAACCCUGUCCGGUGUGCAGACAGCCCAUACAAAUGAUUGUACUAACUUACUUCGGUUAGAUGGACGUUGGCUGGCGAGCAGCAAAAGGAGCUUCAUAAACUGGUUGAGAGAGUAAGAAACUAUUUUUGUAUGCGUAUUGGAAAAUAAUAUUUUGGGUCUUUUCACAUUUGGUAUGAAAAGUAAUUGCUGAAAUAAAUGUGCUGGAGUUGUUAGGGGGUUAGCCUAAUAUUUGUAAGUCAGCUUGAAGACUUUAAAUCCCUCUCAACAAAAAUGACCAAUUCCUGUAAACUACCUGCCUUUCUGAGUGCUUUAUGUUCCAUACAAGUUAGUGACAUUUGUUUUACUGGAUUCAAUGCACACUUUAAAAACCCAAAUUCAAUGAUUAUGAGAGGAGAGACAUGUUGAAGAGUUCGUUUAUGUGAGUUUCUCCUCUCAAGAUACUGGAAUCUGGAGAAUCUUGUAUCUGUUGCCUGGUGAAGACACCAGGCUCAAUUGGAACCCUCUGAAUAAGUCAAUAAAAUAGAAUUUUGUCUCUCUCAUUCCCAAAACUUAAAUUCCUCCAAGUAACCAAAUUACGGGGGAGAUCUUACGAUAGAAAAACACUUAAGGUUUUGGAAAUAGAAAAGGGUAUUGCGUGUCUUUCACAGUGUGCAUUGUAAACUUCAGGGCUGUGUGUGUCCUGAGAAGUCAUUGGUCCAAGUUCAGUCUUACAGUUAUCUCUUAAACGUCCUGAGAAACGGGCUUUUAAAAUGCUUUGUGGGUUUGGAGGUCUGUACUAUCCUUAUUAUUAUUUUAGCAGCGUGAGAAAAGACUUGGAACAGGCAAGACAAAUGAAGGAGGUGCUGUGUAAUGUCAGGUAGGGUAAUAAUAGGGGACAACCUUACUCCUUUUUCUGCACUUGUUUUUGGCUUCAGCAGUAUAGCAUGCAGCUUCAUCACUACAUUCGCUUGAAUAAAAAUAGUGAGGAAAAAAAAGUCCACCUCCAUCUGCAGAAACAAGUAAGUUGUGUAGUUCUAGUUCACAUAGACAUUCUUUAAAUUCAGUAGUCUUUCCAACUUAACGCUGUUUUUCAUCUGUAUCACAAGAAUUCUGAAAAUGUGUUGCAAGGUGUUUGGCCAACUGAAAAUUGGUCGCAUUGGACCUGUCCUCGACUGCUUUUAACUCUCGUCUCCUCACUGUACUAGUCAGAAACUUUGUGACACUUACCAGGUUCCUUAUUAAGGAGUCUACUGACUCAGUUCCGUGGUGCGUUCAGAGUAGUAUAAAAAUACCUUAGCUUACAAAAAUACUCUCACAUGUAUCUUCAGGGUGUAGUUAGAUGACUCAUCUGAGCUGUUUUUCAGAUGGAGAGUUUCUGUACCAGUGUGUUGUAUUUAUUCCUUUGGGAAACUAGAUUACAAGAGGAAUUGUAUGGUUUCAGCGCCUUUUAAUUUUACAGAUAGCUGCUGAUCAUCUGCCCGACAGAGAAUGGCAAAUACGUAGUUUCAGCGUCAGGGGAGUGCCAAGAACGGAGACCUAGCCUAAAUGCAGGAAUUGUGCUGUGUUGCCGUCCUGCAGGCUGAGGUCAAACAGCUUGCUUACCACCACCAGUGCAAAACUGUUGAUGCCUGUGCGCUGGCACAGAGACUUUUACCGCUAUAAUUGCCUUCAUGUCGGAGCUGAAGUAGUUACUCUAGUGUAAAGUGUCUGUAAACUGGGGCUGCAAAUGCCUUGGAAUACAAGGAAGCGCCUAGGAAAAGGACAUAAAGCUGUACAGGAGAGACUCGGUAAACCUUUGGUUGUUACUUGCCUGCAAGGAACUGCCUUCCUAGGUAAAGACUGAAUUACCGGGAUCAGUCACGAUUUGUUUGUACGCUUGAGCUCAUUUUUGAAAAAUGCUACUAAAAGAUACCGGUGUCUCUGAAGUUUUACUGUGAUUAAUUUUAACUGAACAAAAUGUAACCCCCAGCUGUAUAUGUUUCUUCAAAUUCUUACAGGCGAGUUUCUUGCCCCUUGCAAUUUGUAAAGCCACAGCGGGUAGCUGGAGGUUCUAGAAGUUCUUUGGUCAGCAGUAACCUUUCAUGGGUUUCAUGGGGUUUGAUAAUCCUUCAGCCCGAGACAGAGAAGUCCUGUGGGCAGAUGCUUAAAUUUUUCAAGCAGGGGUGCUUCUAAUAGAUGGCUACCUGCCUUAAUUCACACAUCAUUCAUUUUUGAUUUGAUGGACUUCAGUGCAGUGAAGGUUGCAGAGGCUCUUCCAUUGCACCCGCAGGUCAGAACCCAAUAGCGGUCAUACCGCGGUCUGGCAUCGACAGCUGAGAGAGAAUUGCGGACGUGUAUAUGCAGGAGAAGCAUUGAUAACCUUGGGGCUGUACUUAAAAAGCUUCGUCCAUUACAUCGUCUCCUACGUCUUAUGCUUUUUCAGUGCGAUACCUUCUCUGCGGUCACUGUGAUGGCUGUGUAACUGCAGUCCUGGGAGAGCAGCUGUUCUUACCUAGUUCCUACUGGGACAAAGUGUACUGUACUGUCCCACUCCUGGCAUUCUCUUUUCACUUCCCUUAAGUGAUCUCUGUAUUUAAAAAAAAAAAACACAAAAACAAAACAAAACAAAAAAAACACCAAAAAAACUUCAGCUCAAAAAAAAAAAAAAGAAAAAAAGGCACGUAUGGUCAGAGUGAUGAUCCUUGCCGUUCACAACCGCUCGGCUUUGGGAUUUUUCUUCAAAACCAAUUUCAUCUCCUACUAAUGCUUUAUGCUUUGGCAAAAGAUAAAGUGAGAGCAUACAGCAUGAUGAAUUUCCCCUUUCAUGAUCUAAAAUUGUAUUUCCCUAGCACAUCUCCUGUUGUGGAGAAUAGCCCUGGAAAUACCCUCCACUCCGUACAGUGCUGAGGAAAUGGGUAAUUUUGAUUUCUGCAUCUGUGGCCAAGCUACUGUGCCAGAGUGAAUCUUUGUUUUGAGUUCUAUUUUCUGAUAGCAACUUCUAGUGAAACUGUAGGGCUUUUUGUUUGUGGUGAUGUUUUCUUUUUUUUUUCCCCCAAGGCAUGCCUUAUCAAUAGGGGAGCGGUGAGCGUGGGUGCCUGUUCCAGCUCCUGUAGCAGACGCUGGCAGGCAAGCGCGCCUGCCUGCGGGGUUUGGGGGCUGCGUACGUGACGUUGUGACCCCAGCCCCAGCCGGGACGGGCGUUCAGUCCGAAAGGCUGAAACCCUUGGGUCUGCCCCUGUGCCGUCGCCCCGACCUGCGCUCGGUACCUGCCGGGUGAGUGGUGACCAGCCCGGUGUUUGUCGCUCUGCUCUUUCUCUCCUGUAAACAGUUUCUGCCCUUGGGUAGCGGCACGGAAGAAAUUGACAAUUGUCUGUAGUUGAUGAGGUCUUUGAGAUUCUUAUUUAAUAUCAUACAGAUUUUAAUCUUUAAUUUAUUGCAGUUUGUAAAUAUUCUUGUGCUUACAGUUAGUGUUUUGAGCUUUAAUUUAUUGAAUUAGUCUAUUGGUACAUGGGUAGGUACAUAAAUACGUAUACUUAGUAAAUCACAGUCACAGGAAACUUAUUUAAGAAAUUGUAGCAUUAAAAUAAAAUGGAAUACUCGGAUGAUAUUCAGAUUAAGAGGGGUGCAGGAAGACUUAUGGCUUUGUUCUCUUUUUUCCUUCCCUGAAAACGACGACUGCGUUGAACCUGAACAACAUUUCUUAAAUAGAGAUGGAGGCUGGUGGAGCGUUAGCAGAGUGAGAAUGUUUUGAUGGUGCUUGUUUUCCUUUGGAAUGCUUUUGCAUCUCCGAGGACAGCCAAGACGCUAACUGACGGCCUCGUUGUGCUGGUGACAUUGGAGGUGAUGGUCUGGAAGGUGCGGUGAGGUGAUGAGAGGUUUCGAGGUUAAUUUGCAACGGAUGGUAAUUGCUUUUGCCUUUGAACACGUGGCCAAGAAAGCCGAAGGGAUGGCCAGAUGCUGACAAAAUGUGGCAGUACGCGAUUUCCAGUAAUUGUUUUAGUCUGUUCCUUCGUGCGCUUCAGGUAGGCAACAGCUAAGUACAAACGCUACAAGAACCCGCAUUUCUUCUUUUUUAUAAAGUACAAUAAACCCACUUUCUGAUUAAAUUAGACUUUUUCGCUGUGUAGCUAUUUAUUAGUAUUGAAAUGCAACCCUUGACCCGAGGAGGCGAAAUGCAAAGUGAAGUACUCGAGGCAGGUGGCAAAACUGCUUUGUUUCAGUGCCUGACAUUUGCUCAAGAAGGCUGGAAGCAUUGAACAUUAAAAUAUUUGAGAACCUUUAAUAUCGCGUCUUAAGAUUUAUUAGUUACAAAGUCUGCUGCUUUUGUCCUUCAAAAAACUUGCACAGUUGAAACAGAAGUAGCUGGAUUGCCGAUUGUGCUGAACAUCCACGCUGCAAAGAGGACGCUUUUUUGCUGAGCAGCGCCCCUUGAAUGUUGGUUGUUAGUGUUACCGGCGAGGACACGGGAAGAAACGCGUGGCACCGGAGGCUGCGGCUGCCGCUUCGGUUAGCAGGCUGGUUUGGAAGGGGUAAAAGGGCUACACAAUUUUAACUGAUGAAAAGUGUUGUGGCGUGGUACGGUUUUAUCGCCGAGUUCUGAUUGCUGUGAAUUUGCUUAAAUGUCGCUGUCUCAGGAAUGUCUGUCUGUGCGGGUAUGAAGCCACAUGCCAGACUUCGGGCAGAUCUUUCCCCUUGAAGGCUAAUGUGAGGGAAAAACAAUUCCUUAUUCUUACAGAAAGCGUUGACAGGAGUAGUUGUUUCAGAAAAUUGUGUUCUUGCAAAAGCAAGAUUAGAAAAUAUUUAGAAGCAUAAUGAAACUGAAUAAAUUGAAAAAAUAGGAUUAGUAUAGGGGUGAAGAACUUUUCUUUCCCGUCUUAAUCUAAAGAUGCUGUUGUGUCAGGGCGCAACUUUACAAGGAGAGUUUAUAAUUUUAAAGCAGUUAAUUUAUUCAGCCAGUUAACCUGCCGCACAUACGGUAGGGUGCCAGUUAUCUCAGGAAGAAACGACAUUGUGUUGUGCAACACUUGGCCUAAAAAGGAACAUUUGCUGAUGUGGUGCUUCCCGGGGCAGGGAAGAGCUUGGAACACGUGUACGGGCGUCGCGUUCGUACCGGUUCUCAGCUCUGUUGGCCACUCUCGAUUAUUCACGGUGCCGGCAGGCGGGUGCAGGCUUUGAGCAUCUGUAGGGUCACCUGUGUACUUAACAGAGGACGUUACGUGGCGUGCUUGUGCUCUCCGUGCGUUAUUGGACCUCCAGCCUCGGGGAGCGGGGCCAGCGCUUCCCUAGAGCAUCAGCCCUCCCGGCUGGCAGGCGCGUCUCUCUGCUCCGCGGGGAUUACCUGCCCCGCUGACUGAACUUCUCCGGCUCGUCCAUUCCUGAGUCAAAGCCUUAUUUUCUGGAGUUACUGGUCAGUUAAAGGUUGCGCAAGCAAUCUAAAGCAAAAAAACGAAGAAAUCCUCUGAAAUGUAGCUUAAGGAGUCCUUUAACAACGAAUGAGUUGCACUUACCGAACAUGGAAAAAAGGGUUGCUUUUAACUGAUGUGUGCUUUUUUUUUUAUUUAGCACAGAUGCACUGAAAGCUUCAGGUGAACGCUUCUAUACGUGUGUGUGUAUGUGUUUGUGUGUGUAUAUCUAUAUAUGCUACAUGUAAAAUUUGUUGGUGAGUGAUACUUAGAAAGGUGUUGUCUCCCCUUUUGAGUAGACGUUGCUUUAACUUAACGGCCCGACUUUGUUCUUGUUACUGAGCUAAAUUAACGGCCGCCAACAUGACUAUUACAUAAGCCGUAAAAUACCAAACAGCUUGUCCAAAAGCAGUCUUGCUUUGUCGUCUGACUACGCGUCACUGGAAUGACUAUUAAGCAGACGGGUUUAUAGUGAACUUAAAUAACUAGGCGAUCUUGCCGCUACUCCUAGAUGAGCACGCUUUCAAGAACUUGUCACGCUGCGUACCGUCUAGAUAACCAGUGCAUGUGUUGCCACAGCAGGUAACCGUUAAAAUACAAGUACCCCCUCGAGUUGCACAGAGUAUAUAGCUCCAUUUAUGACAAGAAUUUUCACGUGUAUUGUGUCUGCCUCUUGGUUUCCAGUUUUUCCUUUGCUGAGGAAACUAAAUACUAUGUUCUGUCUAAAAAGCCUUAAAUAAAGAUUUGUUUAUAUACUC